CGUCCGACUCCAAUAGCAGCACGCGUAGCUUGCGACUGCAACUCAUCGAGCUACAGCUUGUGCAUGAUCCAAAGAGGUUGCUACGGCUUCACUGGGCCUCAAAACUUUAUAUGGACCUUCUUUCUGAGCUUGCGAAAGAGAAGGCCAAGUUUGAACAAGGGCGCUCUACAGCCGAAGGCCGUACAAUGAAAGUGCCCUCUAAGGCUGCAAGAUCUAGCAGGAAACGCUCUCACUGGCUUGAUGAACACGAAAGCAAAAAGUCAUCCUCAAAAGAGGACGCUCUAGAGUCGUCCAAGUCGCGACUGCGAAAAGACCUGCAAGAAAUUGACGACUUGAGCCGUUCCAAGCGUGCUCUCGAGUUGAAGGCUGCCAAAUACGAGCAAAUGCGCACCAAGGGCACAGAUAUGCUGUUGAGUGCACGAGAUGCAGAGGAGCUUAUGGUCGACUUUGAUCGCAAGCACUAUGAGGGACACGACGAUGCAUACACAUCGGAUGUCAGUCUGAGGAGCGACGCGGAUCCUUGGGUAGAAAUUGAGGAUGAGUUUGGCAGAACACGGACAAUACGUCAGUCAGAGACAGUGACAUCUGUUCCUACAUCAUUGCCAAAGAAAGCGCAGAGCUUGAUCUAUGGCCCUUAUAUUCAGCACUUUGCAGUCGAUAGCCAACGCAAAGAUGAAAUUUGGAAGGAAGCUGAACAAGACACCGGAGAAACGCACUAUGAUCCGAACUGGGAGCUUCGCACCAAAGGAACCGGCUAUUUGAACUUGGGGUCUGGUGAGGCUCGUGUGGAGCGAAUGCAAAAUCUGCAGGACUUGCGUCACGAGACUAUUGAAGCGCGUGAUGCCGUUCCAGCAAAGACAUCUCGGAAGCAAGAUCUUGAAGCAAGAAGAGCCAAGUUGCUGGAAGCAAGGGCCAAGAAGGAGCGCGAAUCUUACAAGGAUAUUGCUUGAGCAAGACGCGAUCGUGCGAGGCGCUGACGACUUAUGCGACUUGUGUGGAACAUUUGUGAGGCUUGUACGGCUAUGCCGCUCUGCUUCUGACUGUCACCUUUUCUAUCCCGUUCCAUCAUCAGCCUUGUCGCCGGCAUCUUGCACACGCUGCAGUCUACAGGAGUGGGUCAGCAAACUACUGGUACGGCAAAAACGCAACUCGGCUAAUUCUUGCGUGCUUAAAUCGCGCCAUGAAAGUGUUCCUGGCGCAACACUUGUACUACAAGCUUGAAGCACAGUGACUAUAAAGCCUCAAGGAUGUUCCUCA